CAGCAGUACAUUUCAGAGCACCGGAAGUGGGCUCUCGCGCUGGCGGAACACCGGCAGUUACAUACCUGUAGGUAAACAAGCCCGUUGCUAAGAGCUGUGCUCGUGCUAUUGCUUUUCCUGUAACCUUAAGUACCUGCGAUGCCUUCUUCGUGUUCCCAGUGUGGCUCGAGCAGUGUGGUGGAGGAUGACCUGUACAGUCAGACGCAGUGGGUGUGUCAGGACUGCGGCUCCGUCAUCUCCGAGGGGACUUUCACCUCCACACUGAGAGAGGAACAGCAAUCUACUGCCGUGCCUUAUUACGCCACUACAGAGGUCACCAAGAAGCCAUGUCCCAACCUAAUCAAAGGUCUGGGUCGGGUACGCUCGCUGUGCCGUAUCCUCAGGUUAUCUAAACAGAUGGAGACUCAGGUGGCAAGCUUGUACGAGCGUGCCUAUAGUCACCCCCACUUUCUGAACAAACAUAUGAUGAAGAAGGAGAUGUUAGGGGGCUCCUGUGUGCUGUCCGUCUGCAGGCAGAACAACUGGCCUGUUGCCAUGGGAACCAUCGGCAUGCUGUUGGACGUUGACCCAGCUUCUAUAGGUGCUGUCUAUCAUGACAUGAAUGAAACCCUGAACAUCCAAAAUACAACCACAUGCAGCUUUACUGAGCUGCUGGAGAGCCACUGCCACGAGUACAAGCUGAGCCCCAGUGAUGUUCCUGAUGUCUUUGCGGAGUCUGUAGAGAGUUUGGUGAAGCGGAGCACUGCGCUGUUGGAGCUGGCCACUGACAUGUGGUUAGUGACCGGACGCAAACCGUUGCCCCUCCUCACCGCGUGUGUGUAUGUAGCCUGGCAGUCUCUUAAACCCAUGGCCCGUAUGAAGUACACACUGAAUAAGUUCUGUGAAAUAGCCAAUCUGAAGCAGUCGAGAGUGACUCGACGGGUGACAGCGGGGCAGCGUGUUCGUGAGCUGAGGGAGGAGCUGUGUAAACUAGGCCGUGCCCUGCCCUGGCUCAGAGGAGGCACCGUCGAGCCCGGUUCCGUCUGCACACUGGUUGACGAUAUCCUUUCAUACCGUAGAACGUUGAUGCUGCAGGCCGUGAGGAGCUCUGAACUCAAAGAGGAUGCUGAGGAACAGAGCGCAGCCUCCUCUGAAGAAGUGCACUGGGGUAAAAGACACCUUUUCCUGCCCCCUUCAGCAAGGAACACAAAGCGUCCGAGACCCUAUUCCCCCGGGCCGGACGUCACUGGAGACGAGAAUAUAUCAGACACGGAGAUAGAAUCGUACAUUCGCUCGCCGGAUGAAGUGAAGCUCUAUCAGAAGAUACAGAAGAAACUGAUGAAGGAUUCAAAUUAAACUAGUUUUUUUCUUUUGGUUUGUCAUGUAUUUUUCAGCUCUUUUGUCAAUGAACACUGAGUACUUUUGCAAAAUGCACUUUAAACUAGCUUUACUAAGCACCCUUUAGUGCACACCACUGAGUAUGAGGGAUGUGGAUGGUCCUUUGUCCUGCUGUAGCUGUUCAAACCAGACAAAUGCAGCAGGAUCAACAGAAGCAUGGUAUUUUUGUAUGUAUGUAUAGAAAUUACUCUACUAACUGAUUGUGUGUCAAUUUAUUUAUUUUUUUACUGAACUGUAAUUGGAAAAUGGCUUGUGGAAGAUGAAUUAUUCAAAAAAUAUAUAUAUAUAUAUUCGAA